UUCUUGUCUCAUAAAAAACUUUCAUAAAAGAGAUUUCUUAGUUUUUAAUAUUAUUGCCAUUAAUUAAACAUUAGAUAUAGCAUUGGAUACGUAAAAAGACUGAUAAGAUGUUCUUGUGUCCGAUAACAAGACGUGGGAAGAAGAAGAAAUCUUCGAGUAGUGAUAAUGAUAAGAGUUUAAACAAUUCGGGCAGCAGUAUUGGGAUGGGAAGAAUAACAGGUUCUGCAUCAAUUGAAACAUUAGUAAGAGUCGGAAUUGAGAAGGAACAUGGAUUAGGACCGGAUUCAAAAAUGGUUGUGUUGCAUGACUUUACACCUUGCGUCGAUGAUGAAUUAGAAGUUAAACGAGGACAAAUUGUAAAUAUUUUAUAUCGAGAGAAUGAUUGGGUUUAUAUAAUAGGACAGGACACAAGACAAGAAGGUUUCAUUCCACAUUCGUAUUGUGCACCGUAUAAUAGUCAGCUAGCUGAUUUAGCUAUUAAAAAGAAAUUGCCCCGGAAUGCAAAUGUGCCAGGAGUUGAGAAUCAACUUAGUGAUUAUAGUGAGAUGGAAAAUCAUCAAACGAAUGACAUCAAUAUACAGAAUAAUUUAAAGCACUCACAAGCAAGCUUAAAUUCUGAGCCAGAUUACUUGCCAUUUUCAAAGGAUCCGAGUGGAAGAUAUAUUGUACUUUACACAUUUAUUGCGAGGGACGAGAAUGAUGUAUCUGUCGAACGGGGUGAAUUCGUGACUGUUUUGAAUAAAGAAGACGUUGACUGGUACUGGAUCGUAAGAACUGAUGGACAAGAAGGAUUUGUCCCAAGUGCCUUUGUUUAUCCAGCAGAGAAUAUUUUACAAGCUCAAGAUACAUUAGCAGGAAAUAUUCCGAAUAACGUGAAUACAACGAAUAAUUUAAAUAAUGGAAAUCUCUUUUCGCUUAAUAAUAGUAAUAAUAAUAUAAACAAUAAUACUCAGUUUAAUGCAACAAGUGCUAGUUUUUUGAAUAAUAAUCAGCAACAGCAGCAAAUUCAAAAUGAAUUUUCAUCACAAGACGAUUUGAGAUAUCAUGGAACAGAAUUAGUUAUGUUAUAUGAUUAUAAGGCACAAGCGCCAGACGACUUGAGUGUGCGACGUGGUGAAUUGAUUUAUGCUGACUUGAAUAAUCAAACAGUUGAUGGCUGGUUAUGGUGUUAUGCUCCGAAAGCAUCAAAAAAAUGUGGAAAAUAUGGCUUCAUCCCGAAGAGUUAUACGCAUACAUACAAUAGGCAAAACACAAGCGUUUAAUGCUACAUGUUUAAUUAUUGAAUUUAAUGAGAUUAUAUGUAUGGAAAUUGCUUCCGUCCCAAAACUUUUUUUAACAAAUUACUAACAAACACAUUCCAAAUUAUGCCUUACAAAUUGAACUUCCAGUGUUGAUGAGUGAAAUUUUAGGAUUAAAAUGUUUUUAUAACUUGAC